UUUUCAAAUUCAAAAUAUAAACAGCAAUCGUUUAGUAAUGCUUCAAUCAGAAAACAUAUAAAUCAGGAAAAAAGAAAUCGUAUUUUAAAAUUAUCAGUUAACAUAAUUUAAAAAAAUAUUAUUAAAUUCUAAAGUAAGCCCACAAUGGAAGUUGGUGUUACCCUAAACAACGAACUCGAGGAAAAGAUUUCGGAAGCAUUUUGCAUAUUUGAUACUCAUGGCGAUAAGUAUAUUGAUUCCCGCAAUGUCGGCAACGUUCUCCGAUUUUUAGGUUGCGCGCCCACCGAAAAAGAGGUCGAAGACGUCAUUAAAGCCACCGAUUCCGUCGACUAUCCAGGCGAAGCCCAUUUGGUCAAGUUCAUGGAACACGUUUCCAAACUGCUGAUGGAUCGACAAAUGGAACCAGCCUCGUCGGAAAAGCUACUCGAGGCCUUUGAGACCCUGGAUCCGGAAAACAAGAAAUAUCUGACCAAGGAGUACUUCGGCAAAUUGAUGGCGGAGGAAGGAGAACCCUUCACCGCUGAAGAACUGGAUGCUAUGUGGCCUGUGGCCAUUGAUCCCAUAACUGGAAACAUUCCCUACACCUUCUACAUAAAUCAACUCAAGCACAAACCUGAUAUCUAUGAAAUUGCCGAGGUUAUCAAGGAGGAACUGGCCCAAGCCGAAAAAGAAAAGGGCAAGAAACCACAACAGACAAUGUUUUAGAUGCCCCUUUAAUCAAUCAAUUGCAACUAACGCGGAAAAUAAAUUUAUACAUUUUAUAACAAAUAAUUUCCUAUAUCGUUUUUACUGUUUCUCAUUGCGAUAUAGACGGUCACACUGGCAUGCGCAGUUCGAGAUGGAACGACGAUUACGUUCUUAGUUCUAAUAUUUAAAUAAAUUGUGUGAAAAUUUUAAAGAAAUAUUUGUUAUUAUAAGAUAUUGCCUCAGAUGUUACAAUGAAUUUAUUAAAGCCAUAUAAACAAAUAUCUACAAUACAUUUUGCAUUUUUACAAAACAUCGUUACUUUAAAUUAACAGAAUGUGCAAUCGAUAGCCCGAUAUGUGUUGUUCCAUCCCUCGUUACCCCAACUCUUCUAGAAAAACACGUCAGCUUUUCACAGCCAUUCGGAAAAGAACACGUCAGCAGAAAGGAAAACUGGUCGGUCGAUAUUGCAAAGGUGGAUGAGAAAAUUGCGUGAGACGGAACCAGAAAAGCCCGAGUCGGCGGCGAUGAAGAGAUUCAAACCAGCAGAGCGUCCGAGAAGCGCAGUCGAAGUUCAUGAGACGACC